AUGGCUCUGGCAACUCGAGGAGAGUUGCUCCAGGCGGCGGUGGAGAUGGCGACAUAUCAGAAGCAGCAGUGGCAGCAGUUGGUGCAAUUUCCUUGGCGCUCGUUUCAAAACAGAGACACCAGGCGGCAGUUCGAGGUCAUUGCGGACCUCGGCAUGGCCACUCUGCCUCCGGAGCGCUUCCAACAGCUUGGGAGACUUAUUGGCCAGAUGCAAGGAACUUACAGUACCGCUAAAGUGUGUGAUUUCCAUAAUCGAACCAAAUGUAACCUCAGUCUGGAGCCAGAGCUGGUGCAGCUCCUGGCUAACUCCGGAGACGCCGACGAGCUGCGCCACGCGUGGGUGGAGUGGCGGCGUGUGUCCGGGGAGAAAGUCCGGGGCCUCUUCGAGCAGUACGUCGCCAUCAGCAACGAGGCGGCCGCCCUCAACAAUUACACGGAUCUGUCCGGGCUGUGGUUGAAAGCCUACGAAACCCCCAAUUUCCGCGAAGAGCUGCAGCGCCUGUGGGAGCAGAUGCGUCCUCUGUACCAACAGCUGCACGCCUACGUGCGCAGGCAUCUGCGCAUGCGCUACGGGGACGCGGAGGUCACUCAGCAGGGGCCCAUCCCUGCGCACCUGCUCGGUACAAUCAAGCAGUGCACCCGUGUCGACAUGAAGGAUCUGUAUGUUGUUCACCACGAAAUGGGGCACGUACAGUAUUUCCUGCAAUACAAGGAACAGCCACUCAUAUUCAGGCGCGGCGCCAACCCAGGUAUUUUUGAGAAAGUGAAGCGAUUUUCACAUCAUGUUGCUACUAAUUCUACCAUAAGAUAUUUCGUUAGCUCCGUUCUGCAAUUCCAGAUUCACCGCGCUCUCUGUCUAGAGGCAGGAGAGUUCGACCCCAAUGAUGCUAACAAACCACUGCACAACUGCGAUAUACACGGGAGUGCAGCCGCAGGAGAAAAGCUUAAGGCAAUGCUUCGCCUGGGGAGCAGCCGGCCGUGGCCAGAAGCGCUGGAGGCUGUAACGGGCAGCCGCCACAUGGACGCUUCCGGUCUUCUCGACUACUUCCGGCCCCUUAAGCAAUGGCUGGAGGAGGAGAACCAGCGCAACGGCGAAAAUGUCGGAUGGGUCCCCUCCACACGUGUUUGUGUGGCUACACGGGAGGAGUUGGCCAUUCUUCGCAGCAGGAACUCGACAGAUUCUGCAUUCACGCGAACAGCUUCAACAGAGCCAUGAAGCUAGUAACCAAUGAGACAUCAUCCGUCUUUUAUGACUACUGUCUCCGGAAAGUUUGAAUUGCCUUCAGUUAUAGGCCUUUUCAGCGUGGUCUCUAGACUUUCCUAUAUGACAAACCAUUCGGUCCUGCCAACUUCUAAAAUGUACAUGAAGCUAGGCUUUGGCGCUACAUUCAAAUAUACGCUAUUCAAGACGCCUGUCAUCAAGAAUUUUUGUCAUAACAUUAAUUUUAAUGUAUUGAAUGUUUUGAAACAUUGAAAUAAUUAUCAUUUAGCCCAAUUACUUCGGUAAUUUUCUUCUGAAACCCAUAAUGCUGAAAUAUGAGAAGUUUCAUAUUUUACUUCAAUGUAAAAUGAAAGUAUAAUUAGAAAACUUUCGAGGAAUAUAUUAACAAAUUACAUUCUUAAAAAUAUUGUAAAUGAAUGAAAGGAAAUAUUUAAAAAAUGGAUAUCAAAUUAUUUCUUAAAUUUUAUUUGCCUGCAUUUUAUAAUUUCCAUAAUCCUACCAUAACAUUUCAUCUUAAUAUUCAACAGUGAAAACUAAGGAUGGGGAAUUAAAACACUAUUUAUACAUUUGUUUACCAAGGAAAUUUAUUUGACAAUAAUUAUAUAUGGGUAUUUUCCCAUGAAAUCUUCAUCUACACUAUCCCUGUUCAGAUGUAUAAUAAAUUUAUUGUUUUCACAAUGUA